AUGGCUAGUGGUAAUGCCAAAGCUAAAACUAUGAAUGGACUAUAUAGAGCUACAGGUAAGUAUAAGGCUAGGGCUAAGGCUAGGGCUAAAUUUAAGGCUAAGGGUAAGAUUGCGAGUAGAGCGAAUGCUAAGCCUAAGGUUAAGGCUAGAGUUAACACUAGUAUUAAGGCUAAAACUAAGGCGCAAGUUAAGGCUCAGGAUCAAGCUCACACUAAGUCUAAGGCUAGAGCCAAGCACAAGACUACACAGUGCGCCAAAACUUCUGUUACAAAACUUUACCGGUCGUUUUCUCUAUGUUGCUAAGACUAAAUCAAAACCCUACUAUCAAAGCCGGGCGCUGGUGAGGGGGGGGCGGUGGACGCCCCCCCCGAAAAAACUUUUUGAAAAAAGUUGAACGUGGUCUCCUGUUGAUUUUUCGAAACAAUUUUUUCGACCCCCGCCCCCAGACCAAAAGUGGAGUCCGGCCCUGCCCUGCCUACCAUACAAUCUAUUCAAAACAAGCUCGACAAUCAAAGCAUUGUCAUAUUCACCGACAUAAUAAGGUAACCCUUCACUCUUUCUCCUUACACCCUCUUCCCAGCGUUGUCCCUAACCCGGACGAAGCUAACCCUUAACCCCCUCCUCGCUCUUCCCAUCAACACUGAUUGUUCACUUUCCAAUCCUUUCACCUAUCUCUUUUACAUCCAACAUCAUAUACAUAUAUACAUAUUGGCGCCUAUUUUAAGCUAUAGCUUUCUUACGCGGUAAAGUUAAUAUUAUUUUCAUUAAUAUAAACUUAUUUUUGUUUAACUUGAUCCUUUUAUUUUAUAAAGUAUACGUCUAUAGAGAUCUCCUCAAGUGUGACAGCAAGUGUUGUCAUCAGAAUCUUUGGAUCAAUGUCUGUAAAAACAGUACAAUACAAGUUUGAUUGGUUGGUAAGGCAAUUUUUGAUUUUUUAAAAAUAUUUUACUAACUUUUAAAUUGAAAUUAAAAGCUUUUGUUUUUUGAAAUUAAAAAAAAAUUUUUAAUUUUAAAAAAACAAAAAUAUUGUUUUAGUUAUGGAGCUACUUGGUCGAUAACACCGACGACUUGGACACGUUAUAUAAGUUAAAGUUGGCUUCACAUAAACGAAUUGAAUGCCCAAAGCUGACAAGACUGUUAUCAUCGUUACCAUUCACAGACUAUUGCCAACAAGACCAUCUUUAUGUGAAAAGCAAAGAAGAAGCUCGUGAAACGUUUUUAAAGUAAGUUUGUCUUAAUUAAUACGCUUACAAAUUUAAAAUUGCGAGUUUAUUCGAAGAUUUUCUAUCAUUAUAUUAAACGAAAAUAGUUAAAAGUUAAAAAAUGACAAAGUUAUAAGCUUGAAACACUAUGCCAAUUUAGCUGGAAAUUCAAAACGCGACUUUUUGAUCUCUAUGUUCUCAAGUCUGGCCGCAAACCGCAACUUAGAAUUUUGCAUAAGGUCUUACAUUUACAUGAUCUUUCAAUAAAAAACAUUUAUUUAAUCUGAGCGUUGCAGGUCGGGUACCUUCCUUGUUAGUUGGGUACUUUCCUUGUAAGUGAAUCAUUAAAAAAACUUGUUUCAGUCUUGGACCUGCUUUUUUGGAAAACUACAAAAAACACGAAGUUACGGGCAUCAAGAAAUGGCUGUCAUGCCAAAGCCCAAACUACUAUGGCAUUCUAUACCAAGACCACGGUUGUUUAUAUCGCCCCAUAGAGAACAGUUUCGAGUAUGCACUGCCUGUUAGCCAAUUGCCUUACGAUGAAAACAUAAGCUACAGUUUGGUUUACCGUGAACGUCAUCGUUACCUUCAACAGCUCUAUCUUACCAUGUUCGACACGAGAACACACGAAAUGAGGGUUAAAAGAGUUGAGGUAAUAGAACGUUACGCUACCGUAUACAGUAGAACUGUGCAAUUUCCUGAAGACUGUUUACAGAGUAACGGCACGGUUUACUGUAGACAGACUCGUCAAAUGUAUGACAUGUUUUUUUUCGGAUGGUUUGAUUUUAAUAUUGAUGGUAAUGUCAUCUACUUUGAAUGUUGCUAUGAUAAGUACGGGAGCAGAACGUUGGUAUUUGAAGUAGAGGUUGAAGGAGAACAUUAUGUUAGGCUGUUUAAUGAGGCAGCGGAGGUCAGGUUUAGUAUGCCAGUUAAUGAAUAUCACAUGUCAGCGCAACCUUGUUAUAUUGACAACCCUAACAGUAGCUAUGGUGGGUACUUCAUGCUUUAUAAUGGUAGGUAUACGCUUUAAAUUCCUGUGUUAUAACAAUAUAAUAGACAGUCAAUAAUAAAACAAAUAAACCACCCUAAUAACAACUACCUAAUUACCAUUAUAAUGCCAUUACUUUUAGACCUUAAAAACACAGUUAUGCUUUACCACUGCGAUACUGAAAAGCAAUUGAUUUUGAAGAGACCAUUGAUGACAUUUGGUCACAAUAUCAUAGUCAACACUGACCUGGGACGAGUAAGUAACGACCACCUCUAUUCAUAUUAUACUUCUUGGCAAAUUUCAAUAACUUAGCCCAACCCUCAAUAUAAAAUAGAAUAAGCAACAAAAGACGUCUUUUCAUACAUUAUCCACCUUUCUUACAGGUUGUGUACUACAAUGACAUUACCCAAACAUGGAAUUUCUACUCCCGAACAGUUAAAAAAAUGAUUGGCUACCAAGGAGAGACACUGAACAUAGACAGAUGGAAUAAUGGAGAACGAGUACUUGUAACAAUACUGAGCAACACCGGUGAUGUGAUUCAAUACCUACUCUUUAUCACCGUUAUCGAAGGUACUUUUUCAAAAAUUAUUUUACCUGCGGCGGAGCCUCUGUAUAAGGAACCUCUAUAUAACAAACAACUUUUGAAUCCCCUAGCAAAUCGUUAUUUAAAGGUUUCACUGUAUUAUGCUUGAUUUCUAUAAUUUUUUGAUUCAGUACGACAGCUCAAGCUCACUAAAACCUUUUAUUUUAGGCAGCUUGCUUUAUAAAUCGUGGAAAAUAGCAUCGACUUUAACAUUUACCUCCGAACGGUGA